CUUGUAACAGAAGAGGCACCUGCAUUUGCAGUAGUAGUUUUAGUAACAAUUUUUUAGGGGUCGACAUCCAAUUAACUUGACAUCUUAGGUCGAAAGUGUCAAUAACUAUCAGACUUCCAGCAUUCACUUCCUCCUCCAUAAACUAAACACAGUUACCCCCAAAAGCUCUUAUUCCCAGAAAAGAAAAUCGUCCAUGGAAGAGCCUAAUAAAACUGCCGAAGCCAUGCCUCAGAACCCUCCACCCCAAGAUCCAGAUAGUAACAAAAGGCUUCUUGACAAGGUUUCCCACUUCCAAAACUCCAGCUAUUACAAGAUGCGAGCUGUUGUCAAAGACCUUCGUCCCCAUUUCAUCGAGGUUCUCCGGGCUCCUGACUUUCAGAAUUGCAACGCGGCUAGUGAAAUUAAAGAAAAAACAAAGUUUCUGAUGGAUCUAUACAAAGAGAUGACAGCAGAACCGGUUACCAUAGAGAAGUGUAAGAAUGCGCCAGAAGGCCAGCCUUUGUCUGGUGAAAUCGAGGAUGGACAAAAGCCUGGAGAGCAGCAUCAACAUGUUAAAUCUAUAGAUCAGCCUCCAUCAGUCAGGGUAGAUAAGCCUGUCCUUUCUACAAACAUCGCCAAAAAGCAGAGGUGUGAAGAUGUUCGGAUGCAGGGAACGUAUAUUGUUGGAGGAUCAGCUUUUGGUUGGAAUUUCAUAACUUACCCUGGCACUAAAGCAGUCUAUUAUUGUAGAACAAAGGAGUCGUUCCGGUCUCCAAAUGUAAUUCCUCUUGAAAGCGUUGUAUAGAAGAUCACUGGGAAGUCGCAUCCAUCCCUUCGCAAGCAUUUACAAUGUCAUGAUCACAUUGGUUACCCUUUUUUCUUUUGUAGUUUAAUGGAUGAUCGCGCCUCCAACUUUAGGAAGCAAGUCUAGAGACUCGAGAAGACAGACGAGCAAUCUCUCUCCACAAAGUUCCUGGCAAGCAGAAUGUUUUGAAGGUCCCCCUCAUACCAGUUCUAUGACCUGACUCAGUAGUUCACUGGUUUCACCAGUUCAAACCUCGUUAGGCCCUUCACCCACACAUCAAUUUCCAAGCAGGCUUUCAAGACGAGUUCUGUUCUUUCCUUGCAGCUACUUUUAUGAUGUUAGUUGGCACUUAAAUUUGUUUCUUGAAUGAUUUUUCCAAGUCUGUGGAACCCUUGCUUAACCCUUGAUUUUUUUUCAAUCAAUUUGUUAAACCGUUCUUGGAAAUCAUCAUGCGAUGACUUUCAAAGUGAUCAGAUGUAACUAUUGAUAGAUCACUGACUUUAAUA